CAUAUCUUCUCAUCUCAUCUAAUUCGUCUGUACCUUAUUACCAUAUUUCAAUUCUUUGUAUAUAUGCAUGUAUAUCAUCAAUUCUAAUCCGCCAUGAAGAUUGAAGGCAGAACCUUUGUGGUGUCUGGCGGAGCUUCCGGGCUUGGCCAAGCAUGUGUAGAAGAGAUAUGUAGGAAUGGAGGCAAUGUAGCCGUCUUAGAUCUGAACGAGGAGAAUGGUACUUCAGUGGUGAAGAACCUUCCCAGCGGAUCCGCGAAAUUCUUCGUCUGUGACGUCCUAGAAACGGACAGUAUCGCAGCAGCUGUGAAGGGGACUGUGGAAUGGAUACAGCAAACUGGAAAGCCAUUAGGCGGCAUCAUUCCAGCAGCGGGUGUGGGAAAUCCGGCUACGAUCCUAGAUCGAGAAGGCAAUGCCUUUUCCCUAGACAGUUUUGACUUUGUUGUCAACAUAAACUUACGAGGUACGAUUGAUCUUGUACGGCAGUGUCUUGUCCACCUAGCCAAGACGGAGCCCGUGGGUACAGAUAAAGAAAGAGGUGUCGUCAUCAUGGUAGCAUCGGUAGCCGCUUUUGAUGGGCAGAAGGGGCAAGUUUCAUAUGCUGCUAGUAAAGGCGCCGUCACAGCGAUGACCUUGCCCAUGACGAGAGAUCUAGCACGUUAUGGUAUACGCUGUAUGACUAUUGCCCCAGGCGUGUUCGAGUCACGAAUGACGGCUGUGAUGCCUAAAAAACUAUUCAAGGGCUUAGAAACGGUCAUGGAGUUCCCACGACGGGCAGGGCAACCUGAGGAAUUCGCACAGCUAGUUCGACAAAUUAUUGAAAAUCCGAUGCUUAACGGUACCGUUAUCAGGUUAGACGGAGGCUUAAGGAUGCCCAGCAAGAUUUAGCAACACGACAAUACCAUUUAUUACAUUCGAUGGUAGUUAUGUACAAAUUUCUAUUUCAAUGUAUUCUAUAUAGCCUCACAAGCCCUUUCAUAGCAUGCAAGUACUUCAGGUGAGUCUCGAGGCUCACCGUGACCGAAGGAAGACUGUCAAAAAUAGACCAACAAUCACCCCUGAUGAUUCACAUCUAGGACCACGUGUAGAUGAAAAAGAGAACAUAGUCCAUCUCAUAGCUCAGCGGGUCUUUCUGGUCUCAAGUACAUUCUCCCAU